AGGCUGAAUGUUGUGUUUCCGCCCACGACAGACGGUUUCCUUAUUUUUCGAUCAAUACAACUAUUUUGCAGUUUAUUCCUUACUGAAUGCAAAUACUUGUCUAAGUAUGUGAGAAGUUAUGAUCAUCAAUGUUGGGGAUAGAAUUAACAAAUCGUACUCAGAGGCAUGUUGUGGGUAUAAUUCUUCUGCUCCUGGUCGCUAUAAUUUGGGUGGCAUCUUCUGAAUUAACCAAGUAUAUAUUCCAGGCGGAGAAAUAUCCAAAACCAUUUUUCAGUACCUAUCUUAAGAAUAGUAUGUUUAUGCUCUACUUAUUUGGAUUCUUACUAUUCAAGCAAUGGAGAGAUAAAUGUAAAAAGCAUAGGUGCGAAAUAGCAAUCAAUAAUGGAAGUUCAGAUGAAGAGCAAACUUUAAGUGAACCUAUUUAUGUUCCUGUAAAGUUUGAGAGAUCUUCUUCAAAUGAAUCAAACAUUGAUUAUUCUCCAACGUCUAAUCCCAGACGAGUAAGAUUUAAUCGACUAUCAGAAGUACGCUGUUUAUCAGAGUCAAUAGCUGAUGAUGCCUCAUUGGCUAGGUUAUCCUAUACAGCUUAUCAACAAGCGCAGGCAACUAGAUUACGUAAUUCUAAUAGUUUACCAGCAAAACAAGUUGCAAAAAUUGCCUGCCUCUUCUCUAUAAUCUAUUUUCUCGCUCAAUUUUCGUAUCAGGAGGCCCUUGACAAAACUGGUGCUGCUGGAGUCGUUAAUGUUUUAUCAUCGACUUCAUCAGUGUUUACAUUAAUACUAGCUGCAAUUUUCCCUUCGAAUACCAACGAUAAAUUUACACUAUCGAAAUUAGUAUGUGUUCUCUUCGGAAUAGGAGGAGUGACUCUGGUAUGUUUAUCCGAGCUGAAUUUUGGAAAAGGUGUUCCCAUGGAUAUAUUAUGGUCCUUGCUCAGUGCUUUAAUGUAUGCAGUAUAUUUAGUUCUAUUAAAGCGAAAAGUAGAUCAUGAAGAUAAACUGAAUGUGCCUAUGUUUUUCGGAUUCGUCGGUCUUUUUAUAUGUCUGUUAUUAUGGCCUGGAUAUUUUAUUUUGGACGCAACUAAAGUAGAACCUUUUCGAUGGCCAGAUAAAACUUUGUGGUUAUAUUUGAUUAUUAAUGGGUUGAUUGGCACUGUAUUAAGUGAUUUAUUUUGGCUUUGGGGAUGUUUUCUUACCUCAUCACUUGUGGGAACUUUUUCACUUAGUCUUACAGUUCCACUUUCGAUGCUUGCCGAUAUUAUUGUUAAAUCCGCGAAAUAUAAAUGGCCGUUUUACGUAGGAACUAUUCCUAUUGUUUUUAGUUUCUUUGCAAUUACAUUUUUAUCCCAUUUCGACAAUUAUGAUCCAGUUUUGUUGGGUUUGAAAAAAUGCUUUCAGAAAUUUUGCCGUCGAAAUGAUUUUAUAAGAUCCAGAGAUGGAGAUAGGGAACAAACUGAGAGAUUAAUUCAGAAUUAGACACCUGAGCAAGAGAUUGAAAUUAUGAUCAAAUAUAUAGCAUACUAACACAUAGUUUUACAUACUUGUAUAAAAAACAUUAAUUUUUUCUUUUUAUAGAAAAAAAUUGUACAAAAAAAACGUUUUGCAUACUAAGUCAUUGAUUAAUAAAUUGCCGAAUGCGUUUUCAUUCAUAUAGUUCUCGUUGCUAUCUUGAUUAUUAUGGUAUUACGUAACAAAGAAAAAAAUAAGAUCAAGUAGCCCUGCUUUUAUAGAUAUUUUACAUACUAAAUAUUGUUAUGAUUUAAUUGUGUUUAACACAUAUUUUGUCUCUAAACCAUUCCAUUGAUACAUAAUAAAUUGUAUUUACAGUUGUAUUUACUGCAUAUAUGCAAGCAUAUAUAUUUUUUAUUCAGUAUGCACUGUCUAUCAAGUUUUUUAUUUGCUUUUUUUAAUAAUUAAAUAACUAAUAAAGAAUGUUUUUAAUACUCUUCUGCUAUAUACUUUUCAACUUAUUUUCAUGUCUAAUCAUCAUUUGUUUUGCCUUUACAUCACUAAAAGUAUUGCUACUAACGAGCUCAAAUUUAUUUAGCUAUCAAAAUAUUAUUAUCUAUUACACAGAAUG